GGUGUAACAAAUUGUUGACAUGAUUGAUCCUCAGGAUCUCUUAACGCUGUUUUCGCUUGAGAACGGAAUUGAGAAAUUCGCGAAUCGUGUUCCGCCGGUCGCUAUUAGCCUUGGGAGCGCCUGACUCCCGGCAGCGGUCUGGGGGAGGGGGCGUGCCACCAUCUUGUGCGCGAAGGGCUUCCAAGGUGUCUGAUGGCUUCAUGUCGUUGAUCCGCUUCGGAUGAUCGAUUCCAUCCAUUUGCCAUUACGACACGGAUUUUAGCCGGGCAACGCCACCUGUCUCUACCCCGGUUGCUGCGAGUUUUUAGAGUGCUGGCCAGUUUCGAGUGAGGACAAAGGUCUGACUAGUCGAGGAUCAACAUGGUUGUGGACAGAGGUCCCCUUCCUCCAGGCUGGGAGAUGAAGUGGGACUCAAGGCGAGGAAAGGCGUAUUUUAUCGACCACAACACACAGAGCACAAGCUGGGUUGACCCACGUCAGCAGACCAGCCAGUGGGAGCAGCAACAGCAUCAUCAGCCACAGCAGGAUGGCACUCACCAGCUGCAGCAGUCAGCUGGCCACCAGCAGUAUAGUCACCAGUCAUAUUACCAACAAUCACACCAGCAGCAGCCAUCUUCCCAGAAUGCCCAGCACCAGUACCAGCAGCAACCAAUGACUCAGACAGCACAGCAGCAGCCAUAUCCAGUGCAUCCUCAGUUCCAUGCACAGCAAGCACCCCAGACACAGUACCAGCACCCUCAGCCAACAGCCCAGGCUCAAUACCAGCAUCCUCAACCAACAGCCCAGACACAGUACCAGCAUCCUCAACCAACAGCCCAGACACAACACCCACACACUCAACAAACAGCCCAGACACAGUACCCACACCCACACCCAGCAUCCCAGGUGCAGCAGCCGCAGCCGCGGUCGUUGACGCCGCCGCGGUCGUCGGCCUCUCCGGGGACGCGGUACCAGCCACACGCGGCGCCGGCGCAUGCAUCACCACUGAGCUCGGUUCGGGUCGGCGCGCAGGCGCGCGACGAACUGCUGCAGGGCACCGCGCACCGCGCCAGCCCGCUGGCCGCCCGCUCCGGCCAUGCACAGCCGGUCAGCACGGGCAGCAGCUCGGUGACGUCACACGUUUGGGACGACCCGUGGCCGGAGCGGAGCGCAGACGGCGGCGAGGCAGCGCUGCGCAUCUGCACCCUGUUCCCGCACAUCGAGCCGCAUGUCAUCGGCGACCUGCUCACCAAGUACAGCAGCCGCGAGGAGGUGGUGAUCGCGGCGCUGAGCGUCUCGCCGCCGGCCACCGAGGCCGACCCGGACCCGAACCAGUCGACCGACUCGGACGACUCGGCCACCAAGAUCAACGCCAUGUUCCCGACCGUCUCCGAGGAGCGCAUCCGCGAGCUGCUCAAGAGGUACCUCAAGUCGGUGUUCCCCAAGGCGGACGAGGCGCUGCUGCUGGACGUGCUGACCAACUGCGACAACAGCGUGCAGAAGGCCGGAGAGCGGCUCAAAGGCAUGGGCUACGACAAGAGCAUGACGCCGGUGGUGCCGGCGCGGUUCGACCUGCGCCACCAGCGGGACGUGGUCAGCAUCCGACGCUCCGAGAGUCCGCAGCCCUCCCCGAGGGCGCGCAUACUCUGCGAGGCUGACCGUCAGCAGGUGCGCGCCACCCUGGCCGCCGAGUUCCCGACCGUGUCGGAGACGGUGAUGAAGCUGGCGCUGGAGUCGGGCGGCUACGACGUGGAGCGGACGCGCAGUGUGCUGGAGACGAUGACGGAUCGGGAGGAGGGCGCCAGCGUCACCGACGCGCGACCUGCCGCCGCCGCCGCCGCCGAGCCCAGCGGCGGCGGCACGGACACGGUGCCUGUCCCGUCGCCGAAGCACACGUCUCCGCGCUCGCCGCGGCGCGUGACGCGCGUCCAGGGCGAGGCCACGUCCACCAGCCCGCUGGCCAGCCCCAGCAAGAAGGCGCGCCAGGGCGCCGCCUCCGCCAGCUCGUCCGCGGGCCGAGACGCGGCCACGGGGGGCCGCUCGCAGCAUCACACCGUCGCCAAGGGGCCCGACCCGCGCCACGCGCGCGGCCCGCAGGCGUCCAACCUGCUGUCUGACUACAUCGCCUGGAACGGACCGGACCCGGAGCUGCGCCGCGGCCCGGACCGCCAGCUGCGCCCGGCCGUGCGGCCCUGCCUGGCCCGAGGCUCUGACCCGACACUGCGCCGCGGCCCGGCCUGCAAGACCAUCAAACAGUACGUGCAGGCGGUGCGGCAGGCGCUGGUGACCAGCCUGUAGCGGGCGGGCCUCGGCAGGCCGGUGGCCGGGGCGGACGGCGUCGCGCCGAGGGUGUGGUGCCGACGCAGCCGGCAGAGAGGAGGAGAGCCAGGUGUCCCCGAUGAACGGACGGAUGGGCGGAGAAGACGUGCCGGUCAGGGGUGGGGUCUGCUGCCGUCAGGAGGUGGGCCAGGCGGGCUAUGGCUGGGGUCUUGGUGACUGGCUAGCGCGUCUGGUUUAUGUCUUAGCGUCAUACAUCUAGUCUCGAUGAAAGCAGACAAUUGUACUACUUGGUUUGCUUUCCUAGUGGUUGUAAAUUAUUGUUCCAGUCAUAUUGCAACAGCGCGUACAAAUCACUUGCGUAUCAGAGAAACCACCUCGGGUAGGGACGGGGAAGCGAUUGAACAUUUCUUUCGUUUAGGUAGUUGACGCACUGUCCACUGUCCACUGUACGCACUGUCAGGUUAUGCGAACGUGCUGUAUAAACAGCAACAAACACUCGUGAGCCUGAGCGGUAGCCACCAGAUACCCCAGGGAGAAGACGUGGCACUUACGUCGAACGUAGCAGAACGCAACCCGUGACCAGUAUGGAAAAUGUAAUCAGACAAUCUGUGAGGUAGACAGCGCGUGUUUGCAGCGGGAGCAGAGUAAAGCCAGUGGAGGCGUCCUGACAGAGUCCGGUUUUAGAAAGGAGUCUUUGACGAUCACCGCUGGGUCUGUCCGAUGCUGGAAAUACCGCGGUUCUGGCCGUUUCCCAAGCCGUGCGUUGCUGCUGGCCCCCGGUUUUCCUGCGGUCGGCAAUGGUACGAUGUGGCGGCCGCACACUGCCGAUGCGCAUGUUCACAAGUGUGUACCAGUUGACCCGGUUCCCCCUGCGCGGAUGCCGUGCUCGUGCGUAGUCUCCGGCCGCCGACGACAGAUGGCACUGCUCCCCGUGUGGCCGACUCAGCUCGGCCUCGCGGGCAGUGCGUCAGCUUCUGUAGCUACCACGCCAGCUGGGCCUUCGCCGACGGCCAUCCAGGCGGCGCCGGCGGCCGGCUCUGCCCCGUGGUGAUGCGGCUCUGUGUUCACAAGACAUCCUGCCAGGCCUGUUUGAGCCGUCAGCGUCCCGGAGCCAUCCAGUAUCAGUGGCGCGUUGUGCCAGUCGCCCCGCACGAUCGGGCUUUUGUAUCGGUGUCGUGUGUUAGCUGUCAUCAGCUGUUUUUGGACGUACGUAGUGCAGUGUGUUGUGGGCAGCGCUCGGGUCUCCUCGGAUAGCUGUAUUCCUGUGGUCUUCUUGGUCAUGCGAAGCGACCAGUACAGUUGCUAUACAGUUAAGCCGUGUAGCGGACCUGCGACAGUCACCGGUUGCGUCUGAGCCCCGGGCUACACGCGUUUGCUGUGUCGUCUCACCGUACCUUUCCCGUAUUUCUCUCCGCUCGCUGCCGCGCUCGCGUCGCUCUUCGCUGUUUGGCCGUCCUCCGCGCUUGGCCUCGCUGGGCUUUUCUGACCGAGCUUUUUAUCAUGCCAGUGGAGCGGUUUAGGCGUGGGUCCGGCAGCCCCGGCCGUGUUUGUGCCGCGCGUGGCCCGCUGUCCGUGUGCGGCAUCGCCUUGCUGUCGACAAUCUCGGGUCGACGUUCGCGCGUCACACCCGCUUCUGCGACGCGUGGCACGAGCUGACGGCGUCCCUCCUCCCCCGAGCUCGGGUCGAGCCGCCGAAGCCUGGCCGCCGCCGGUGCCUUGUAUGAAAUACUUCCAUUAGACUCUCUGUGAUCGAGCGUAUCAAAAUUGCCGCCCAUCGGGACGCUGGUGUCGUGCAGGGCCGUCUUUUCGGCGCGGCGGGUUUUGCAGACGCCUGGCAGCCGCUGCCCGCCUCGUGGGCGCGUUUGUGCGCGCCAGUCCGUCGGUGUCCGCGCUAGUCUCGUGGCGUAGUUGGAUGUCGUGGGUGGCGUGCGUGGCGGCGCCGUGUGUCUCCCGUCCUGGGUGUGGUAGGCGGCCGCGGCAUGCCCGACCGGGCAGGGUGAAGCUCGGCGCCCGGCGUGCGUCACAUUGGGGUACAAGGCCGUCGUUGGACUCGGCGAUCGCACGGCAUUCGUCACCCUGGCGCCGAGGUGGGUCACGCUCCGGGCCUCCGCCAUCUCUCUCCUCAGGCGCCUCGCCAGUCACUCAGUCACAGUAUCGCGGCCAUUGUCGCCGCCGGACGGGCACGGAGAAAUAUCAUGGCUUGUCUGUUGUGCUUCCUACGCCAGUAUCGUAUGUUGCCCCUGUGGGCAUUCACUUUUGGUAUUGGUUCUCGCUGGAAUUGUUGCACAAAAAAGUCCUAGUUGUUUGCUGCGGAUGUUUGUUUCAGCCAUGUCUUGUUUAUUUGGCUGCGCUUAAGUCAACCUGCAUUUGACGUAGACGUUAUCAAUAAACAGAGCUUGCCGCGCA